AUGAACCCCGAUGCGAGUUUGAUUACUGCGCUCGUAGAGCGGUGGCGACCCGAGACGUCGACCUUCCAUCUACCGUGUGGUGAGAUCACGAUCACGUUAGAGGACGUUGUUACACUGUCCGGUUUGGCGAUCGACGGUGAUGCCGUCGUAGUUGAUAUACCGGAUGAGGAGUGGUCGGCGAUCUGUUUGAGACUGUUAGGACGGGUUCCGGUUGAUCUUGUAGGCGGGGUCGCUGUUGUUAGGAUUGUUUGGCUGAGGGUUGAAUUCAGUCAUCUGCCGGAAGAUGCAUCACAGGAGGUUAUAGACCAGUUUGCACGAGCUUAUGCUCUAUCUCUGAUUGGAGGUGUACUUUUCCCGGAUCGGUCUGGAUCUACGGUGCACCUACAGUACCUACUUCUGAUUGAGGAUUGGGAGAGGGCUGGAGGGUUCGCCUGGGGAGCUGCUGUUUUAUCCUACCUGUACCGUGAGAUGGGUAGGUCGACUUUGCACAUUUCGCAUACCGACACUUCUCUAGCCGGUGACCUUGGUGGAUGGGUCGCCCUACUGCAGUUCUGGGCGUGGGAGCGAUUCCCACAUCUGGCACCUCGAGAUUCAGAGACGAGGGCACAGGCCACCGAGGAUGCACAUCCACGUGGUCUUCGAUGGCUUUCGGCCAGCAGUCGUCAGUAUGGUGACCAGCUAUUCCAGUACAAGCUGUGGUUUGACGCAAUGGACACCGUGGUGGUUAGUACAUAA